GCCGGCUGGAGGCCGAGCGGGCGGUGGCCGGCGCGGGGCUGCCCGAGCAGGUGCCUUCUGAAUGGUGGACCUUGGGCUGAGUGCUGGCAGCAUGGCUCUGACUGAGGCAGGUUUUGUCUCCCAGGGAUCUCCUGGAAUAGAAGGGAAGACAGACCUAUCUACUAAUUACAAUGGUUUCACGUGGAUCGAGAUGACCACAGCCACCCCUUUGGGGGGUACCACCUUCUUCUCACUGAACGUGACCACCGGGGGAGAAGACUUUCUGUAUAAGAGUUCCGGAGCCAUCGUCGCUGCCAUUGUGGUGGUUGUCAUCAUCAUCUUCACCGUGGUUCUGAUCCUGCUGAAGAUGUACAACAGGAAAAUGAGGACCAGGCGGGAGCUGGAGCCCAAGGGCCCCAAGCCAGCCUCCCCUUCUGCCCUGGACCCAAAUAGCAACAGCAGCCAGCACCCUGCAACUGUGACCUUCAGUCCCGUUGACGUCCACGUGGAGACUCGGUGACCCCACCCUGGUGCUAUCUCAGCCACUGUCCUAGGAGCCUUCUGCAGUCAAGACCAAGAAGCACAUUUCUCCUCUGGCAGCUUCACCAUGAGUUCCUUCCGGUCAGGUCGACAGGGGCAUCUCUUAUGCAAUCCCUGACGCUUCAGGCAACCCCCAACCCCUUCCUGGCCUGCCCCUCCCCAGCUACGUCCACGUGCCUGCUGCCACCCUUCCAAAAAGCUGUGGAACUGUCUUUUGUCAUCUGAUGCAGUAGAGCCAACUGUCUUUUGUCAU